AUGAUUUUCCAAGCUUGUGAGGAGAAGAGUUGGAAACCCUUUGAAAUGGGAAGAAAGAGAAUCACUGUUUCUCACUUGCUUUUCGCGGAUGACUUAUUAUUAUUUGGUAGAGCAGAUGAUAGUACGACCUCAACCCUAAGAGAAGUGCUUGAUAGUUUUUGUAGUGUUUUGGGUCAGAAAGUUAAUGAGGAAAAGAGUAGGCUGAUUUUUUCACACAAUACCCCUAACCAACAUAAAACAUGGUUCCAAGAGUUGAUCAAUGUGAAGGAGAGUUCUUCUCUAGGGUUAUAUUUAGGUCUUCCGCUCUCCCAUAAAAAGCCCACUAGGAAUUCUAUUCAAUUUGUGGUGGAAAAGAGGAAAAAACUUGCAAAUUGGAAGACGACAUGUCUCUCUAGAGCAGGGAGACUUUGCCUUAUUAGGUCAACCCUCAACACCAUCCCGCACUACUAUAUGCAAGCUAACUACCUCCCUAAAGCAACCUUGAAUGACCUAGACAAAAUUAUUAAUGACUUCCUGUGGGGGCAUUCGGAAAAUAAAAGGAAACUUCACCUAGUGGCCAAGGAAGACAUGUUCAAACCAAAGGAUCAAGGAGGGCUAGGCAUCAGAUCCCAUGAAAAGUUAAAUGCUAGUGCAAUGGCUAAGUUAGGAUGGAAACUGAGUCAGGGGGAGGAAAAUCUAGCUUAUCGUUGCAUACAUGCUAAGUAUGUGCAUGCAAACCAUGUCACCAAAUUUUCAAAUGGUUCCCCUAUUUGGAAGAGUGUAGGAAAAGACUGGGAUCUCCUAGCUUCCAAUAGUGUAUGGGAGGUGGGAAACGGGGAAAACAUCCACGUAUGGACUGAAAAUUGGAGAAACAAAUUUGUUUUCGAAGGGAAGGCCCAUGAUCCACCAAACAUAGUUCUCAAUAGAGCUACUACCUUAGCCUUGGAAUUUCUGAAGGACCAGCACCAAAGUGUUGCCCCUUCUCCGGCUAUCUACUCUCAAUCGGAUGACUUAAGAAAUAUAGUCCAUGUAAAUGUUGAUGCUUCUUUUGUCAAACAUGAUACUCCCUCUAGCAUUGCAGGUGUUGUAAGAGAUUCCACUGGGAAUUGGUUGUUGGGUUUCACAAAGUUAAUUUAUGCAGUAUCCCCUCUCCAUGCGGAACUACUAAUCAUUCAAGAGGCUCUAUAG